GAAGGAGGAGGAGCGGAGGGCAAAGUCGGAGGCCAGGAGGGGCGCCACGGGAGCCAAACAGCGGCAAACACAGCCUCGAGUGCCCCAGGUCGUCGAUCGACUCGCGUUCACCGCAUUCCAGACUCUCCCGCGCACGCCCUCGACCCCGCACUCACCGUCCGCCUCGUCGCCAACGCGUCUCCACCAACCUGCAUCUACUCGCUUACCCCCCGAAGCCAGCCAUCACGGAUACCGCCAUGGACCAGGACGCGUCGGGCUCCGGCGGAUGGCGCUUCGCCCAGUGUUUCGGUGACAAGGGCGAUGUCGAGGAUAUCACAGAAGCGGACAUCAUCUCCGCCGUCGAGUUCGACUCGACAGGCAACUAUCUUGCGACAGGAGACAAGGGUGGGCGCGUCGUCCUCUUUCAGCGCAAUGAGUCGAAAAAGGGCUGCGAGUACAAGUUCUACACGGAAUUCCAGUCGCACGAACCCGAGUUUGACUACCUCAAGUCUCUCGAGAUUGAGGAGAAGAUCAACAAGAUCAAGUGGUGCAAACGACAGAACGCGGCGCACUUCCUCCUGUCUACAAAUGAUAAAACGAUCAAGCUCUGGAAAGUAUUCGAGAAGUCGCUGCGGGUGGUAUCCGAGUCCAACAUGCACGAUGGCCAGCAAACAGUCGCACCACCAUUGGCCGCGCAGGGCCUCAAACUGCCGCGCAUGACACCGCAAGACCAGAUUACCGCCGCAGUGCCACGGAAGGUCUACUCCAACGCACACGCAUACCACAUACACUCGAUAUCCGUGAAUUCUGACCAGGAGACGUAUAUCUCUGCGGACGAUCUGCGGGUCAAUCUGUGGAACCUGGAGGUCAGCGACCGCAGUUUCAACAUCGUAGACAUCAAGCCAGCGAACAUGGAGGAGCUGACAGAAGUCAUCACUGCGGCCGAGUUCCAUCCAAACCACUGCAAUCUGUUCAUGUACUCAAGCUCGAAGAGCAACAUGAAGCUUGCGGACAUGCGUGAAUCAGCAUUAUGCGACCGUCACGCAAAGUUGUUCGAGGAGGAGGAAGACCCAUCGAAUCGGUCAUUCUUCUCCGAGAUCAUCUCAUCGAUCUCGGACGUCAAGUUUAGCCACGAUGGGCGGUACAUUCUCUCGCGGGAUUACUUGUCCCUCAAGAUCUGGGAUGUCAACAUGGAGUCAAAGCCAGUCAAGACCAUCAGCAUCCACGACCACCUCCGAGGGAAGCUCUGCGACCUGUACGAGAACGACUGCAUCUUCGACAAGUUUGAGUGCACCUGGGGCGGGGACGACAAGCAUGUGCUGACGGGAUCGUACCACAACUACUUCCGCAUAUUUGACGUCGACGACAGUGGUGACGUCGUGCUGCAGGCAGAUAAGUCCGCGUUCAAGGCGAAGAAGAUGGGCGGCCCCCUUCCCGGAAACAAGACCCCCGCGAAGAACGGUGUGCGGCCCGGGGGUCUGCGAGAGAACAUGGCCAUGGACACGCUCGACUUCAACAAGAAGAUCCUGCAUUCCAGCUGGCAUCCGAGAGAGGACACCAUUGCGAUCGCGGCGACGAACAACCUGUUCCUUUACAGCGCUGCGUGAACGCCGCGUUGUAUGCAUACCCUUUAUGCCCUGCAUGCACAUGCUCUCUAUGAUCCAUGCACGCCAUACACCCUCCGCCCACUUCGCACACCUACCCGCCGCCUAUCAUCGCCGGCAGAGCCGAGACUGACGCACCCAGAUACCGAGACCAUCACUGGACGGACUACCCCCAUUCACACGCAUUGCAUGUCUUCGUGCAUCCGCCCCGCCGCUGCUGUCCUUUCCCUCCCCUUACUCCUAUUUAGCGCUCAUUCUAAUGUCGCAUCCGCGCGACGUCAUCAUCAUGGCUCUGCAGCAACCGCAUCCUACUACUGUAUAUAUUCACACCCGCGUGCGUCUCCCCCUCGGUCUCUCGUCCCCCGCUUGACUUGGCUGCACCGCACCCCUGCGUCGUCCGUCUGUAUCUUACCGCUCAUCAUCACUCGUUACCGGUUGGGGAAGUAGAAGCAAAGAAUGUACAUUGAAGAUUGAAGCGAAUAAAGGCUAUUACAUAUCU